AUGUUCGUCAAAUCCGAGACCUUGGAGUUAAAGGAGGAGGAGGACGUGCUGGUGCUGCUGGCCUCGGCCUCCCCCGCCUCGGCGGCUCUGACCCCUCUGUCUUCCAGCGCGGACGAGGAGGAAGAGGAGGAGCUGGGCGCGGCGGGCGGAGCGCGGCGGCAGCUUGGGCCAGAGGCCGCGCCCGCGGCGCUGGGCGGCUCGCCCGGAGGAGCCGAGGGCUGCCGGCCCGCGCGGCUGCUGGGUGUGGUGCAUGAGUGCAAGCGGCGCCCUUCGAGGGCAAGGGCUGUUUCUCGGGGUGCCAAGACGGCCGAGACCGUACAGCGCAUCAAGAAGACCCGGAGACUGAAGGCCAACAACCGCGAGCGCAACCGCAUGCACAAUCUCAACGCGGCGCUGGACGCGCUGCGUGAGGUGCUCCCCACAUUUCCGGAGGACGCCAAGCUGACCAAGAUCGAAACCCUGCGCUUCGCCCACAACUACAUAUGGGCGCUCACCGAGACCCUGCGCCUGGCUGACCACUGUGGGGGCGGCGGCCUGCCCGGGGCGCUCUUCUCCGAGGCCGUCCUGCUGAGUCCGGGAGGCACUGGCGCCGCCUUGAGCAACAGCGGAGACAGCCCUUCGCCCGCCUCCACGUGGAGCUGCACAAACAGCCCCGCGGAGUCUUCCUCGGCCUCCUCCAAUUCCACCUCCCCCUACAGCUGCACUUUAUCUCCCGCCAGCCCGGAGGGUUCAGACAUGGACUAUUGGCAGCCCCCACCUCCAGACAAGCACCGCUACGCACCUCACCUCCCCAUAGUCAGGGACUGUAUCUAG